GCCGCCACAGUUUCAAGUUCAGUGUUGUGUGGUGCGUCGCGCGAGUCGGACCAGCCCAUCUUCCCGUACUCCAUCAACACGCCAUCACAAAAACAACUACAGCACUAUCAACACAGACUACAUAACAACAGUGGCGCCGCUCACCACAACAUCAUCGAAUCCGCUUUUUAAACCACGAGAACUUCAAUCGGUCACCUCGACAAGAUAUCCCACACAAGAGAAAAUGAAAGAAGUGCCAUGCUGGAUGUCUGCUAUAAUGGUCCUCACAUUAUUGAGUGUGGCCUUAGCAACCCAAACUAUAGGUACGGGCAAGCGCGGCCAACUCUCUGGUCGCUAUAAGGGUCGCAAGGACUUUAAGCCUAUCACUGGCACAUACCCUUCAGUGGAGGCUAAGGAAUACUACACAAACCCAAAGGGGGCCAAAAUUACAAAAUCAUCCCACUUCAACUACCAGUAUGUGCUGGGUCACAAGAUAGUGUUUCUGUGUGUUGCCAGAGGUUCUCCAUUACCACAGAUAACAUGGUUUAAAGAUGGUGUUGAACUUUAUGCUCACAGAUAUAUGCAGCUGCACGAGUGGAAGAAGGGGGACCAUUUGAAGAGCAAGAUGGAAAUUGACCCAGCAACUCAAGCUGAUGCUGGUAUCUACGAAUGUCAUGCCAACAAUAAGUAUGCAGUUGACACCAAAGCCUUUCGUACCACCUACAUUGCACAGUUCAACUAAUAGUUAGUGUUACUGAUAGUAUCAAAGGAAACUUAUUAAUUUAUGAUAAAAUACAACAAAUGGAAGAAUUGAUACAACACACAGUGCAUUACUGUCUUGUAUAACAAUUCCAGUAUGCGCCUAUGUGAAGAACAACUUCUACUGAGAAUGGGAUGAACCUAAUGUAAAACACUUGAAAGCAUUUGUAAAGAUAUAAUUUUGUUAACUACUACUUAUGCCAUGGUGGCAAACCUCAGGUAGUUAACAGUUAGCUAGCUUUGACUGAGUGAUCAUCAAUGAACAUAAUGGCACGUAACAAAGUCAACUUGAUCAUAUUUUCAUUAAUGAUUUUACAAAUUGAGAGCCAAUCAGAUGUAUGUAAUGAAAGUAUAAUUACUUUCUGGCAUGAAAUAAUUUUUUGCAUACACAGUACACAGUAUCAUACUGAAAACAUAUUUAGCAAAACAAAUGACUGUAAAUGUAACUAAAAAAUUAAGAUCUGGGUACAAAAAUAACAAUAAGCUUUUGUAGUGGACUGACAGACAAUUAUUGUACUACCAUACAGUACACAAAUACUGUUGCUGCCCCUGACAUGGUAUAUGACUAAGCAGAUGACUUAACUGAAAGCAUUAAUGAGAAUGAAAAAUGAGGGUUUAUACAAUAUAAAAUAUGAAGUAAUGUGGUAAAUGCCCAGUGAUUUUUCUAAAUGAAGAAGUUAGAGAAGCAUGUAAGAUCUGGGUUAAAUUCAAGGAAUCUGCUGUGGUUGUAACAAAAAUUUAAUGUGGACUAAAGAUGAGAGGUGCUGUAGUAAGAAAAGGGAACAGUACUGUAUUGUGGAUCCACUGUGCUGAGAGUGAUACAAAAACCUAAGACUUAGAAACUAGUGAGGAAAUAAGUGAGUAUUUAUGAAGAGGGUACGAGUAAACAAGCAAAUAGAUGUACUGUACUGCAUAACAAAGAAAAAUUAAUGGAAACAAUGGAAACAGGUUGUGCAGAAAGUAGAGGAGAAUGGAGUUUAAAUCUGUGCAGUAUUAACAGAUGAGUUUGUUUUGGAAUACUGUAUGAUCAGUGGUUAAGGAGAACAAUACAUACUGUAAUGAAGAUGGAGAAACAAGAAUGACAAGAUUUUUUAUCAUAGCCAUACACCAUAUGUAAGAAAUGAAAGACCUACUAAAUGUUAGAUAAGGAUAAACCAAAUGUGUCUAAUUUAGACCCAGAACAGGGUUUAUCAAGUAGAAAAAAUGCAAGGUGAAAUAUGACAAAGCUCAAAGAGCUGACUAAGUGACUUACAUGUUAAUAGGGUGUUACAAGUAAAUUUUACUGCAAUAUUUGAGAGCAUGGAAUUUUGCUAGUAUACCAAAGGAUGGGAUGGAUGCUGUGAUUGUACUAUUUUUUUUCAUGAAGAUAACAAUGCAGAGAAUGAAUGUGAAAUUUAUGCAAAUAUUUAUCUAUUAAGUGCAAGAGUGAAUGCAAGGCAUAAAGUAAUAUAAUAAUUAAUAGAAUUCAGAAAAAAAGGACAAAGGGAAGUAUGAGCAAGAUUACAGAUAGGUUAGGAUCUUUACUUAGGUGAAGAAAGUUGCAUUGGGAAGCUGGUAAAAUUAUAAUUGAUUUUAAAAGAAGAUACAGUACAGUAGAGACAGAUAUAUGGACGUGUACAGAUGGUGAACACAAUAUACAUUCCUCCCUUUUUCUAUGACUGGGUUAUAAAAAUGAGGCAACUGUUUAAAGGUUAUGGUUGGUGUUACAAAUAAAGUAAUACAGGCCUAAUUUGGGGUGUUGGUGGUACAUUGGUAGUGCAUGUGCCUCUCACCACUGCAGUUGUGAGUUUAAAUCCCCUACCAAACAUCUCCGGAUACUCCAAUUUCUUUCUAUAUUAGCACUGGUUAAUGAAGGUUGUAACAAAGUAAUAAAAUACAGACUGACCGCCCAACAUCUAGUGAGCUGAAAAGUGGUGAAAAUAACAAAUAAAAAAUUUAAUAAAAAAACAUAUACAAAAUAAACCAUGAAGAGAAGUAAGCAGUGUACUAGCUAGUUAUGUGGGUAAUUAUAAUACUAAAAAUGCUGUAUGAUUUGCUGUAUACAAAUAAUACUUAUUUAAAAGAUGACUCAAUAUAAGAAAUACUGUACAGUACUGUACAGGAUACCAGGCAUCUUUAGAGUUAUGUGCUGAUACAGAUUACCUUGAUGUGAGUGCUCAUCAAUAUGAGGGUUGUAAUAUACAGUUAGAUGGUAAGAGAUUUGUAAGGGUUCCGAGUACUGUACUGUAUUUAGGAUGCAACUUUGUUGAAGAUAGAGAAAACAAAUUAUGAUAAAUUCUUUUCAAAGAGAAAUAAGCUGUUGGUGUUCUGAGGAAUGUUAUAAGUAUUAACAGCAGUAUGUAUAUCUAGGCUUAAUAAAAACUCUAAAUUGAAAAAUAAAAAAAUUAUCCACAAUUAUAAACAAAGCAGAGAGGCAUAAAGACAGCAAGAAAAAUGAGAAUUAAGGCAAAGACUAACUCCAUAAUAGAAGUACAGUAAUCCUUAGUAGUCCUCGCUAGACAAAAAAGGGGUGCGUUAUGUGGAAGUUGUGUAUAAAGAAAAAAUUUGUAGAGAGCGAUAUAUCCACUGACAUACGGUACAGCACUGUUAUAAAUGGAGGAUACAAGCCUGGUGUCUGAUUCCUAGCCACCUUAUGUGCCCAAAACUGCUCAAAUUAAAUAAAAAAUCUUUAUUACCGUAAAAAAUUCAGAACAUCAUUAAAUGUGUAAUUAAAUACACAUUCACCAUAAAUACAUUAAAAUAGAAAAAUGGACAUCACAUGGUAUGAUUUUUUUAGUCAUUCAUGGUGUUCUCUCACCCCAAGAACUUCUCUGUCACACAUGAAACACUCUUCUUCCUCCCUUCUAUUCAAAUCAAAGAAACCUCUAUUUUUGCCUGUUCACAAUCACAAUCAACUUUCUCUUAGUGCACAUACUUCCGAACUUAUUCAGUAAAAUGUUUAAGUCUUCUUCUGAUUCACCCACUAGAGCAAUGUCAUCUGCAAACAGUAAGUGACUAAACUUCCUUUUACAUCCCAUAUCAUUAAUAGGCAAACUUGCACCCUUCUUGCUUUCACCUCUUGUACAGUACUAUCCCAUCUAUAAACACUCUGAACUACAGUGGUACAGGUAUUGCACAUCCUUACUCAAAUUUUAUUUUCACUGGAUACUGUUACACAAGCUUGACUCUGCCUUUAAAAAUCCUGGACAUCAUUUUAACAGUUUCUCAUUUACCCCAUACAGUACUGUGCUCUUUUAAUAUUUCUCAAAUCUGUUUCCUACACAGGUUGACCCUCCCUAUCUUAAAACCUUGGGACCAGGGCCAUAAGGAUAAUAGAAAUUCCCAUUAAAUAAAAGGUUGACAAGUAGUAGUACGUUGCCUUCUCUACACCAAGCCUAAUGCCCUGUAAUGGUUAGAAUUUCGUUUUGUACAAAUUUUACUCAUCAUAAUGAAUAAUUGUAAUAAAUAAAUGAGUAAUGUGACAAUAAUGCAGCAUUUAAUAAACAAAUAAGUUAUAUGAAAAUCACAUUUAAUACACAUAUACUGUACUGUAUAAUAAAUGAAAUAAUAAAAUAAUCAAUUAAAAAUAAAACAAAUUCACGCAUCCCACACCAUGGUUAGUCAUACUGGGCACUUGUAAUAAUAAUACUUAUGAUCUGAUGUCCUUAAACAGUUUCGUGUUAAUCUCACUCUCACCAACAUGCCUCCCAAAAUAAAAAUUUCCACACAGAAACACUAACCGUGUGGAAAAAAUUACCCAGCAAAUGUAAUACAAAAGAAAGGUGUGUGUAUAAGCAUUACUUAGGAGAGUGUUCAUAUCUGGAGCUAGUGAAUGCCUGACCCACUAGAGAUCACCUCAUGUUAUAAAAACCACAAGAUCCGAAAAUAUGCCAAAGAAACUUGUGAUGGCACCGAGUGUAAACUCAUUAAAGACCAGACUUAAUCAACACUGGUGCAGGUUCAGAUACAAUCUGUAGCCAGUAAAUGCCCGGCACUUGCCAACAGUAUGUAACAGACAUGACCGACCACCCAAGUGGCUAACAGGCCAAUCAGAGGCUUAGAGGAUAAAGUAAAGUAUAAUCUCCAUCUACCGUCACUUAUCAACUGCCCACCCACCACUACCACCCUGGAUCAGUUAACCAGCACUUCCAUCUACACCCAUUAUUAACACUAAACAUUUAAUAACUGAAAGAAUGCAUAAAAAAGUUAUAUAAGUUGUAGUAAUGAAGGAUUCAUUGAGAAGCUCGUGCCAUUUUCUCCCUCUUAUGGCCAAUCGUAAACUGUUGUUCCUUAACUGCUUAUGUUGUUCAACAAUUCCUAAUUUAACCUCUAAAAUGACACACUCUCACUGUUUCGUGAUAAACAAGGUGCUUGGUGAAGCACCGGGAGAUCAUGUUUGUACUCAUUACUCACAAUUUGGAGUGAUUUCAAAGAAAUAAUUUCAUACAGAUGUAAACAACUCUCGUUACAAAUGUCUUUUUAUAAUUAUCUGGAAGGUUCUAGUAAAGUGUGCAAGAUAUAAAGUUAUAUACUGUAUUACAUACCAAUAUUUUAAAAUACAAUAAACAUUUAUAUUUC